AUGGAAGAAGACAUGCCUGAGCUGGAGGUAGUGCUGGAAGAAGGAGAGGUGCCGGACAGUGCACUGCCAGCGGUGCCAGCCGCCAACGACAAAAAGGUGCCAGUCACGAUCAUUACGGGCUUCCUCGGUGCUGGCAAGACCACGUUUUUGAACUACGUGCUCACUGCACGGCACGGCAAGAAGAUCGCAGUCAUCCAAAACGAGUUCGGCAUUGAGACUGGCGCGGACGCCGCGGUGGUGUUUGGCAAGGAUGGCACCAAGUCACUUGAGUACUUUGAACUGCCGAACGGCUGCGUGUGCUGUUCUGUGAGGGGAGACCUGGUGCUGACCAUCGAAAACCUCAUGCAAAAGAAGGAGAAGUUCGACUACGUCUUCAUCGAGCCCUCGGGACUGGCGGACCCCGCAUGCAUCACUGUUGUCAAAACCACCCUAGGACCGCUGGCCUCCACGUUUUGGCUGGACGACGAGCUCGAGAGCGACCUCUAUCUCGAUUCGAUCAUCACCAUCGUCGACGCCAAGCACUUCAAGCAGCACCUCGAAGAGGAGAAGCCCAAGGGGGUCAUCAACGAAGCCCAGCGGCAGGUGGCAUUCGCGGACAGGAUCAUUGUGAACAAGAUCGACUUGGUGUCGGCCGAAUACCUGCAGGAUCUGGAGGGCCAGAUCCUGUCCCACAACUCGGCGGCCACGAUCGUCAGAGCGACUCGGGCCGAGGUCGACUUGGACAGCAUCCUCAACAUCAACGCGUUCGACAUGACCCGAGCACUGGACAUCGAUCCCCACCUCAAGUCCUCGUGCUGCUCCGACGCCGAGAAGGCUGGUGACCAUGAACACGCGCACACGCACCUGCACGACGACUCGGUGGUGACGGUCAAUUUCACGGUGGAGGGUGACCUCGAGCUCGACAAGUUCAAGGCGUGGCUGGCGGAGCUGCUCUGGGAAGAGAAGGGCAACGACAUAUUCAGGAUGAAGGGCAUCAUCUCCAUCAAGGACGAACAGAACAAGUAUGCGCUUCAGUCGGUGCACAGCCUUUUCGAUCUCGAACAAUCGAGCGUAGAGUGGGACCUGCCCAGGCAGGUGCGCGCGACCACGAUGGUGGUCAUCGGGCGGCAUCUCGACCAGGACCAACUCGCCUCCUCCCUUCGAUCUAUCCUCUCCUGA